UUCACCCAAUGCUAAAGAACAAAAUAAAAAAAAAUCUUUCCAUUGUCAAACAUUAAAAAGUAAAAAAAAAAGUUCUUCAUCUUCCUCGUCCUCACUUUAUUCCUAUUCCGUGUUUUUUCAGCGUUUUCCACAGCUAAAAACCGACAUAGCUUCUCUAUUUUUGUUUCCUGGGUGUAUGUAUGUACAGAGAAUAAGACCGAUCUCUCCAAGAUCUCUGUUUUCUGAAGAGUUGGUGAAUACUGUUUAAGCUUCUCUAUAAGAGUGUCAUUCCAAGGUGAAGAAGAAGCGUUUGAUUCCCAAAGGAGAUUCAUUUAUUUGAUAAAUAGAUUUAAGCUAAGAGUUAAAAAAAGAUGGCAACACUAGGAGAUAUUGGAGUAGCAGCAGCAAUCAACAUACUCACUGCAAUCAUCUUCCUUUUGGCAUUUGCAAUCUUGAGGAUUCAACCAUUCAACGAUAGGGUUUAUUUCCCUAAAUGGUAUCUCAAAGGUAUAAGAAGCAGCCCUUUGCAUUCAGGUGCUCUUGUCAGCAAGUUUGUCAAUGUUAACUUAGGCUCAUACCUCCGGUUCUUGAACUGGAUGCCCGCGGCUCUAAAGAUGCCUGAGCCUGAGCUUAUUGAUCAUGCUGGAUUGGAUUCUGCUGUCUACUUGAGGAUUUACUUGAUAGGGCUUAAGAUCUUUGUACCGAUAGCGUUACUUGCUUGGUCGAUUCUUGUACCUGUCAAUUGGACUAGUCAUGGUCUGCAACUAGCUAAGCUUCGUAAUGUGACAUCUAGUGAUAUUGAUAAGUUAUCCAUCUCGAAUAUCGAAAAUGGAUCAGACAGGUUUUGGACUCACCUUGUGAUGGCUUACGCAUUCACAUUCUGGACUUGCUAUGUUCUUAUGAAAGAGUAUGAGAAAGUAGCUGCUAUGCGUUUGGCAUUUCUCCAGAACGAGCAACGGCGCCCUGAUCAGUUCACGGUUUUGGUUAGGAACGUACCAGCGGACCCAGAUGAGUCCAUUAGUGACAGUGUGGAACAUUUCUUUCUAGUUAACCAUCCGGACCAUUAUCUUACGCAUCAGGUUGUGUACAAUGCAAACGAUUUGGCAGCAUUAGUAGAGCAGAAGAAGAGCACACAGAACUGGCUUGACUAUUACCAAUUGAAGUAUACAAGGAACCAGGAACAUAAGCCGAGGAUAAAGACGGGUUUUCUCGGGCUAUGGGGAAAGAAAGUUGACGCAAUCGAUCAUUAUAUAGCUGAAAUCGAGAAAUUAAACGAGCAAAUAAUGGAGGAGAGGAAAAAAGUGAAGAAAGAUGAUACAAGUGUAAUGCCAGCCGCUUUUGUCUCGUUUAAAACACGGUGGGGUGCUGCGGUUAGUGCACAGACUCAACAGUCGAGUGAUCCGACUGAAUGGUUAACUGAAUGGGCUCCCGAGGCACGAGAAGUGUUUUGGUCGAACCUUGCAAUACCUUAUGUCUCUUUAACAGUAAGAAGACUUAUAAUGCACAUUGCAUUCUUCUUCCUCACUUUCUUCUUCAUGAUUCCAAUAGCCUUUGUUCAAUCCCUUGCAAGCAUCGAAGGCAUUGAGAAAAAUGCUCCUUUCCUGAAAUCCAUCAUCGAGAACGAUCUUUUCAAAUCGGUUAUCCAAGGUUUUCUUCCGGGUAUCGUGUUAAAGCUCUUUCUAAUAUUUCUGCCAAGCAUUUUGAUGGUAAUGUCGAAGUUCGAAGGGUUUGUAUCGUUAUCAUCGUUAGAGAGAAGAGCGGCUUUUCGAUAUUAUAUCUUUAAUCUCAUCAAUGUCUUCCUCGGAAGCGUAAUCACCGGCUCUGCAUUUGAACAGCUUGAUUCUUUCCUAAAACAAUCCGCAAAGGAGAUUCCUAAGACGGUUGGGGUAGCGAUACCGAUAAAAGCAACGUUUUUUAUCACAUAUAUAAUGGUGGACGGUUGGGCUGGUAUUGCAGGGGAGAUUCUGAGGCUGAAACCUCUUAUCUUUUUCCAUAUAAAGAACUCCUUAUUGGUGAAAACCGAAAAGGAUAGAGAAGAAGCAAUGAACCCGGGACAGAUCAAUUAUCAUGCGACAGAGCCUCGGAUUCAACUCUACUUCCUCCUCGGUCUUGUCUACGCUCCUGUGACUCCAGUUCUACUCCCUUUCAUUAUCAUCUUCUUCGCAUUGGCUUACCUUGUCUUUCGUCAUCAGGUUAGUAAAACAAAUUCUGUUUCUUCUUUUAACAUCUUCAAGAUUCUUUUCUCUUGUCAAGCUUUUCCAAAUUUUGGUUAAACCAAGAUUCUUCCUUUGUUAUAACACAAGCACACUAAACCUUCUCUACUUCUUGAACUUUCUUGCAUUGCUGAUUUUGCCUUUUUGCAGAUCAUAAAUGUGUAUAAUCAGGAAUAUGAAAGCGCGGCUAGGUUCUGGCCAGAUGUUCAUGGUCGUAUAAUAUCAGCAUUGAUCAUCGCACAAAUCCUUUUGAUGGGACUAUUAAGCACUAAGGGAGCUGCUCAGUCCACGCCUUUCCUACUCUUCUUACCGAUCAUAACCUUUUUCUUCCACCGGUACUGCAAAGGCCGGUAUGAACCAGCAUUCCUCCGUCACCCCUUGAAGGAAGCUAUGGUCAAAGAUACAUUGGAACGAGCAAGAGAACCCAAUUUUAAUCUGAAACCGUAUCUUCAAAAAGCAUACAUUCAUCCGGUUUUCAAAGACAACGACUAUGAAGAUAGCCGGUUUGAUGAAAUAUCCGGUUAUUGCAUCGAAGAUUCGGAUGAAGAGUGUGUUACUGUACCGACCAAACGUCAGUCCCGGAUAAAUACGCCUGCUGUUAGCCAUGCAAGCCGCGGUUCUUCGCGUUCACCACCCUCAAAGUAAGACACAUUGAUUCACUUAAACCGGGUGUGGAUAUAUACGGUAUAGAAAGAAACGAUAUCAAUUGGGAAUUUUAGUUAUUUAGUCAGAUUUUGUAUAUUAUGAGAAUAUUUUUGGUUCUGACUUUUGAGUUGUUUUCAGUAUAUUAAAAAAUUCUUUACUGAAGUCCCAUCGAAAUUUAUGUAACAAUUGUCGAGGAAAAACAAGCCAAUGCUAAAG